GGUACAGCAUCUUCCAAUAGGAGUGAAGACAGUAGCGCGCACGUGAAGCCGUGAUCUGACACGCCACCUGCGAGUCCGAAUUGUUUCGUGGACCUGGACCGGACCGCAAUGACAAAGAGCACACGAUGCGUCUCCUUCAUCUCGUAGGAUAUGAUGCGUAUAUACAGUGGUAUAAAUUUUAUACACAAAUGCUCUUCUUCGAGAAUGUUUCAUUUUAGUGGCAAGAAAACUGGUUUGUUGUCAAAAAGUGGAAUGUUAGUUGUGCCACCCAGUGGUAAAUGUUACUAAGGCAACCAGCAGACCUUUCGCUCUCCCCCAGUGGUAGCUGUUGGUAGCUGUGCGAUAGGAUGAUGGGAAUUGGCAGGUAAAUAAAGCGGGGAGAGAGAAAAAGAAAAAACGUACGAAAUGACAAAAAUUGUACAAAAAUGGGAUUAAAUUGGAAUGUAGUUAGAGAUCAGCUUUAAGAUGUGAGAUAGAAUUUACAUAGAAAUAAUAAACAAUAAGAUCAAAUCUAAAUAUUUCAAUCCAAAUCCUGGUGGCACAAAUAUUAGUAUAUGAGAUAUGAAUAUGAACAUAUAUUAAAUUUCUCUCUCUUUCUCUCUCUCUCACUCUUUCUCAGUCUCUUUCUCUCUCUCACUCUUUCUCUCUCACACACACUCUCUCUCUCUCUCUCUCUUUCUCUCUCUCUCUCUCACUCUCUUCCUCUCUCUCUCUCUCGUCCAAUCAGGUGUCAGUGGGCGGAGUCUCGCGGCUCAGAGGUGUAAGGGAGUCAGAGAUGGGUUAGUGUGAGUGUCGGGGAGACAGGAGCUCGGUACCGGGGACUCGGUGGGUGACUCUAGUGGCAUGCGGUCUGCGUCAGACACAGCGACACCAUGUUCCCGCAGCUGAAGCGCGCGCUCCGGGAAAGAAACGCGUUUUUCCGGGGAUCCAUCCCGCCGUGGAGCGCGUGUGCAAGGGCAGUGUUUUGCGGUCACCUGCGUUUUCUAUGGCGUGUGUUGAUGUUUUUGACCGUCCUGUGUGUGGCGCUGCAGUUACUGAGUGCAGUUCGUCAGUCUUGGAACAAGAAGACCAGGCGAUCUGACCACCAGUUGAACAAUCCUCUUCUUAUUGAACAGAGAGAUGCUCAGUCUAUCAUGGAGAACUUUAAUUCAAACCAAGAAGCCUUCCAGUGGAAGCAUUUCCAGUGGAGCAAUGGAAAAGACGAAGGCUCGAAUCAGGUUUCAGAACAUGCAAGAAAAAAUCUGGACACAACACCAGCUCGACGUCUCGCUAGCACUUCCGUGAGGAUCUUAACCCCGCAUCAGCCAUCACAUGACUACAAAGGCGAAUCGGUGGUUGACCGGGAAUUCCCAAAACAACCACAAGACCAAAUUUUGUCCCAUGACCAUCUUCCGAAAAGAUCUCCAGAACCUCGAUCAUCUGGUCCGAGACAUGACGCCAAACAAACAUCGAGCUUUUUGACUAGCGACAGAAACGGCACGUGUCAACCCAAGAACCAUGUUUUCUUCCUGAAAACGCACAAGACGGCCAGCAGCACCAUCCUCAACAUCCUGUAUCGCUAUGGCGACACCCAUAACUUGACAUUUGCGCUGCCGGUGUACAUGCACAGCCAGCUCUACUACCCGCACUUCUUCAUGUCGCACUUCGUCGAGGGCAUGAAGUCUCGCCGAGUGACAGAGUUCCACAUCAUGUGCAACCACAUGCGCUUCCGAGGGCCUGAGGUGAGAAAGGUCAUGCCCUUGGACACGUUUUAUUUCUCCAUCCUGCGCAAUCCGGUGUCCAUGAUGGAGUCUCUCUUCACGUACUACAAAUCAAUCCCAGCAUUCCGCAAUUUCAAGACCCUCGAGGACUUUCUGCUCGAUGAAGGCCGUUCUUACAAUGAUACUGUGCUUGGUAACAAUUACGCCCGUAACAUCCUGACCUUCGACUUCGGCUUCAACAACUCGGCACUGUCCGGCGAAGCGGAACUGGACGAACGAGCCGUGGCUCUGAUUUCCGCCGUGGAGAGUGAAUUCCACCUCAUCCUGAUCUCGGAGUACUUCGACGAGUCUAUGGUGUUGCUCAGACACGCCCUCUGCUGGACCCUGGACGACAUCGUGUCAUUCCGCCUGAACAGCCGAAGCGAGAAAACCCGCAAAUCGCUGAGCGUGGAAAUGACCGAGCAGGUGAAGAAGUGGAACUCGUUGGAUUGGCGACUCUACCAACACUUUAAUGCAAGCUUCUGGAGGCGGAUAGAUACAUCGCUAGGGCGCACUAAGCUCCAAGAGGAAGUGGAGCUUCUCAGAGCCAGAAGGGCAGUACUGGAGAAAACCUGCCUUUUAGGGGGCGGGGCUGUGGAUCCAGCUCACGUACUUGAUUCGUCAUUGAAGCCAUUCCAGUACGGCCAAGCGGUUAUCCAGGGAUAUAACAUUCGCCCGGGAUUGGACAACGACACACACCGUUUUUGUCACAGGCUCAUCAUACCCGAACUGCAGUACACCGGGGCUUUGUACGUUAAACAGUUCCCUGAUAUCGCUGUUAAAAUUGCGGCUGCUAAAAAGCAGGCAGCAAAAAAGCACCCAGCCCCCGGCAAACACGUCAUAAAUGCUAAUAGGAAUGGCACCAGUGCGCCUGUCGCUGAGAAGCGCAACUCGAUCAUACAAAGCAGGACAGAUUCUGUUAGAAACAAGAAUGUUGAUAAGGUGCGAAAAGCUAAUAUGCUUAUAUUAGCCAAAGACAAUAUGGAUGUUAAAGAUAAUGCUAACUCAGCUGAAGCAAAGCAACACAAAACCUAAAGACAAAUGAACCUCAACCUGACAUUAAACAGCGAAAUAUGCUAAAUGUGCCUUAGCCUAUGCUGUGGAGUAGAUCUCAAUUUGUUCAUAUCCAGCAGUCAGGAAAAAAAUACAAAUGAAUGUCAAAUGCAAUUUACACAAAACCGAUCAACUGUUUGUUCUCUUACUUGUGAUUAUCUUUGCACUUUGCUAGAUCCUCUUGGGUCUUAAAAUCAUGAUUAAUUUGUUAGCUAGGGGGAAUAUUUGUAAAUAUUUCACUGUUUUUCUGAAAACUAAGCAGUCCAGGCUAAGUUUCGACUAUUCUUCUUCUUCUCUUUCUUGUUGUUGUUGUUGUUGUUGUUAUUAUUAUGUGAACUGGCCCUAAAUUCUAUAUAGACACUGAUUCUAUUUAAUUAAUGUCUUUUCAAAUCCUAAAAGCUGGUAUACAAGUAUAAGAAAUAAGAUUAUUGUUACUGUGAGAUGGUAAAUACGGGUGUAUAUCCUCUGAAUGAGAUGAUUCAGGCUAAAUGUCACAAUUUAAAUGCAGAUUUUUCUAACAAGAUUCAGUUUUCUCUUGAAAGAGAAAUGUAAGGUUUAUAAACAUAGCUGAUAUGAAAUUCAAGUUUGUAAAAAAAAAAAAAUCCUGAUGUAGCCUUUGGUGGGGGCGGGGCUGUGGUAAAUGUCACUUAUGUAGAAUUUAUUUACACAUUUGUACUCAACACUACAGUGCUUUAAAAUUUCUUCCCGUUAAUGUCCUGUUCUAUUGUUCUCUUUAAAAUUUUGUUUGAUAUCUAUUAUGUUCGUAAUAAUGAUGAGCAAAAUAUACACCAGUUAUUUAUCCAUCUUUAUACACCAGG